ACAUUACAUUCUCAUUCUCCAUUGAAAUGGGAAGGCUGCUUCCAGUUCUUGUUUUUGGUCUUGCUGUCCUUGGAUUUGCAUUGACAUGCUCUGCUACAACUUACACAGUGGGGGACACCUCUGGCUGGGACAUAAGCACUGACCUCAAUACAUGGUCCAACGACAAAAAAUUUAACGUUGGCGAUAUUCUGUGGUUCCAAUACUCAUCAUCUAAUAGUGUUAGUCAAGUGAGCAAAGAAAGCUUUGAGAGUUGCAACACAACCAAUGUUGUGAAAUCAUAUACAGGGGGAAACACAACGGUCACAUUGACACAUGCUGGUGACUGGUAUUUUGUGAGUGGUAACAAGCUAUACUGCUUGGGAGGGAUGAAGCUCCAUGCAGAAGUAGAAAACAACCAAGCUUAUGCGCCGGCUGGCGCACCACAGGCAGCAACUGGUUCCGGCCAAGGGGAUCAUCUUCCACAACCUACUUCUAAGAGCAACGUUCCUACUUCAAGUGCAUUCAUCAACUGUGGACCUAAUGUCUUUCUUUUGGCUAUCUUAGGUCUUAUAGCUUCCAUGCUAUAUACGGAUGUUAAAAUGUGAGUCCUUGUAUGAAUAUAUAUAGCAGCUGCAGUUUUUGAAAUAACAAAAAUUUCCAAAUCUCCUUAGUUUUGGUGUGCUAAUUUAGUAUAUGAUUGUAUUAGAUCAGGAAAGAAAGAAUCUUUGAUAAAGAAUAGAUGUAAACUUUCGUUUUCUACACAAAGAAACGGGUCAAAUACAACUAUAAUUGAUUU